AGGAGACAGAGAAGAAGUCCCUUCAGUCUUUUGUUGCUCAUAAUCUGACAAGGCUUUAGGUUAGCCACGAGAAAUUUGUCAUGAAAAUUAAAGACAGGUACGGGGAAGAUCGAAAUUCAAGUGAUAUGAACAGUCUCAGUAUUUCCGACAAGAUUGGGUUUGCCUCAGCUACUACCACAACCUUUCAGAUAAGUGAGCCUCAAGGCCAGAGAAAACCAUCCACAUGCUGUGCUCUAACAGCCCUUGGCGUCUACCUGUUGCUGCUGACGGUUGGCCAGGGGCUGCUGGUGCACAAAGUGCUUAAGAUGGAGAGAGAGAUAUUGAAAUUUCAGGAGCAAAAUACCUCCUAUACAGAAGAGAUUCUGAAGAGCUCCUUUGCCAACAGUCUGAUUUCGGAGAGAAGCUCUGCUGAGAAGUACAUGGGACAUGAAGAAAACUGGAAGAGAAGAUUAGAAGAGGAAAUUACCAUAAUCAAAAGCAGCAAUGCAAAUCUGAUGAUGAUGGUGAGCAACAUCACCCUGGUUGCAGGUCCUCCUGGACGCAAAGGAGAUCCUGGUCCCCCAGGUGUCCAAGGACAGAAAGGUGACACAGGUGAGAAGGGAGACCCAGGGUCACGUGGACCCAUGGGUCCUCAGGGACAACAGGGAGUCCCAGGACUGCCAGGUUUCAAUGGUACCACGGGGGAGCCUGGACCUCCUGGGCAGAAAGGAGAGGCAGGUGUACGUGGACAGCCUGGAACUGUGGGAAGUCCUGGCCCUGAAGGCAGACCUGGUCAGAAAGGGGAGAAGGGGGACCAGGGGCCCAAAGGCAGCCCAGGAAUAGCAGGCACUGCUGGACUCAGAGGUGAAAAGGGAGAACAAGGAAUAAGAGGUCUUCCAGGGCCACAGGGAGCAAAGGGAGACCAGGGCCCAAAAGGCAUGCAAGGCCCACCUGGUGAAAAAGGAAGCAAAGGUGAUUCUGGCACUCGGGGUCCAAAAGGAGAACCGGGACCAAAAGGAGACAAGGGAAACCGAGCACCAUCUGGUUUCCCAGGAGCAAAAGGGAGUAAAGGUGAAAAGGGACUGGCAGCUGACUCUAGUCGUAUACGACUCAUGGGAGGAAGCACGAAGGGCCGUGUGGAAGUCCUCCACGAAGGGACCUGGGGAACAGUAUGUGACGACCACUGGACCAUGCAAGAGGCUGAUGUAGUCUGCCGAAUGCUGGGAUUCAGCCAUGCAGUCUUGGCCUUCACAGCUGGUGGAGGCACUGGAACAAUUUGGCUUGACGAAGUAAUUUGCAGAGGGACUGAAAGUUCAAUUUUCGACUGUGCAAAGAACAGCUGGGGUUCACACAACUGCAACCACAACGAGGAUGCUGGGGUGGAGUGCAGUUGAUGGGACACAGAAGCUGCCCUGGGAGCCGCUGCCACCUCUACUCCCUCUGGGGCUUUUCUUCAUGAUGCAAACCCAAUUUCAUCAGGCUGUGCAUAUAGUCUCCUUACCACGUCAUAAAAGUACUGACAAAUUUGAAUUUUUCAUAAAUCAGUAACGGCUGCAAGACCAACAGGUAACCUGAAACAUCCCAGCUGUCACAAAACAAUUGGAGCUCAGGCAUGUGAGCCAGUUCACAGCUUUUUCAGCUACCUGACGUCGGCUCACCUGCAGGAGCUCACAAGUGUAUGAUCUCCAAGUGCACAGGGGGGAAAAUGGUCCAUGUUAGCUUAGUGCAGUAAGAGAAGAGGCUCAGUAUGCAGUUUCUGCAGCUGAGAGGGCUAGUCCAUCUUCAUCACAGUACAGUUGUGAACCUGAGCCUAAACCCCCCAGGGAGCGUAUACACCCAAGACAGCAGAUGCUCAGAAAAAAACAGAUGAACUCUCUGGCAGCAAAUAUAAAUACUCUCCAGAAAUUAUGCUGAUCACAGGUUAAAGUGCAAAAAUAAAUGCCUGGGAUCUAGGCACCAUAAUAUCCUGGUUUAGCACAGCCCUUAGUUUUUGACCUUAGCCAAGUCCCUUGCCUUCUCUCUCAGUGUUUCCUAACCAGUCUCCAGGAGCAGUACCCUUUACCUUAUCUGGUGCACAAAGCGAAGCAUUUAAUACCUUUAGAAAUUAGAUGAUCCAGUAAAGCAAAAGGAUGACAAAUAAAAAAUA